AUCAUCAAGAGAAGAGGAGAGAAGAGAAUUGUUUAUGGCAAUGGCUGACGAAAGCCGCGAGAGUAGUAGUGAGGUUAAGUUAAAUUUCAUUGAGAUUAUUUUGAGCGACCUAUACGAAGCAUUGAUGGAAAUUCCUGAAAGCGAAAAACACCUAAUUGCGACUCUCAAGAGUUUGAGCCCUGAGGCAAAGAAGGAGUACCUGAACAUAAAAAAGGAUUUUAUUAAGAAACCCUCCAAGGCUCCAUCAUCUCACCAUCACUCCUCUCCUUCUCCAUCUUCCAGAAAGUCCUUGGUUUCGCGUCUUUUACUACUAGCCAAAAACAUCACGUCUCAGUAUAACAAUACCAUCAACGACUUUAAACUCAUUCACCUUGUUGUAACCACUAUCUUGGAAGCACUAUUGGCUACACACUAUGGGCAAACAUCCUUUCAACGUUGUCUCCAAGGUUUUUGCCAGACAGGCUACCUUGACCUCGAAGGAGCAACCAAUACCAAUACCAAUACCGAUACCAGAGCAGCAAAGAUUCCUUCUACAGAUCAAUCUUAUGACUGUGGUAUCACUAAAGAUUUACCUCCAAUAGGGGAUCACCUAUUUCUGCCAAUGAAAAUUACUAAGGCCCAGAUUAUCAACAGAAUCGUCGACCUUAACUUGAUGAACCAACGACAAGGCAAAGAAUGCUUUUUGCCAAUACAAAAUAUUGUGGCUGAGCUUGUCAACAGCUGGGGCAACAUCAUUAAUGUCGCCGAUCUAGUUCAGAGAGGCCCAGUUUACCAACAAUUGAGACAACAACAUCAACGUCAUCAAUCUAGUUGA